UCAACUGGUAAGUGGAAGUGGUAAAGCGGAAAGCCCUAUUUUAUAAGCUCAGUGGCCGGGUUAAACCACUGGGUUAAACUCAGUGACAGUGACGUAACACAAAGUGAAGAUGGCUGCAGAAAUUAUUCCCAUUUGUUCUAUUCAGAAAAUCGUCCUGUACGAAACAAAAGCGCGCUAUUACCUCGUGGGCUCAAAUGUUUCGCAAACAAAAUUUCGUGUACUGAAAAUUGACAGAACUGUGCCAUAUCUUUCAAUAAUUGACGAUAAGGUUGAAUAUGAUAAUGAUGAGAUUAAACAGUUACUAGCAAUGAUUAAUGAUGGUAACAUUCCAAAGAAUCCAAAGGCUUACGAUAAAGAUUCCACUGGUCUACAUCGCACUGUCUCUGCUUUUGGAAUUGUAGGGUUUAUUAGAUUUCUUGAAGGAUAUUAUAUCAUUCUGAUAUCCAAAAGGGAAAAGGUGGCUCAAAUUGGUGGAAAUACUAUUUAUAAAAUUACAGAUACUUGCAUGUUUCCAAUACCGAAUGCAACUGUGCGAGCAAAAUAUCACCAUGAUGGGGAAUCCAAAUACCUGAAAGCCUUUCAGAAUGUUGAUCUGUCUAGCAAUUUCUAUUUUAGUUAUACGUAUGAUCUUACACAAAGUCUUCAAUACAAUAUGUCUCUUCUUAAACGUUCGUAUUUCAAAUGUCCGUCGUGUGAAUGUCAAUGUAAUCUGGAAGGAGAUACGGGACAUGCUAAAAAGACAGACACUAAUUUCGCAUCGAAAAGCGAAUGUAAACAGCAUUCUUUCACAGCUCCUGAUUUGACACAAGUUAAAAGUGAGGAAGAGUCUGUAAACAUCACAAAUGGAAGUGAUAUGAAGGCGAGAAGGACGUCAAAUUAUAUUAACGAAGACUUUUCAACAAAACACGGCGGGGAUGACACUGUGGAGACGCAAGAGUUCCAGACCAAAAGGGACAAAUCAUGCCACGAGUGUGCGCGAAAACGUGUCUUACAUCAUUAUACUGUAUCAGGUCGUGGAAAACCUUGCAUGAAAUUUGUCUGGAACAAACACAUGUUGAAAGACGUUGACAAAAUCUUGCAUUCUGAUUGGAUGUUAUAUAUUACACAUGGUUACAUUGGACAAUGUAAUAUCAGUGUCUACGGUCGGCCAUUAUAUUUGACGUUAAUAGGAAGAAGGUCAAAUGAGUAUGCUGGAACAAGAUUCUUGAAGAGAGGCUCCAAUGAUUCGGGGUAUGUAGCAAAUGAUGUUGAAACGGAACAAAUUCUUCACGACGCUUCAACAUUGUCUUUCAAAAGCGGUCGAUACACUUCCUUUGUACAGAUCCGUGGCUCAGUUCCGCUAUUUUGGUCUCAGGAAUUACAGCACGGUGUUGUACCAAAGCCUCAAAUACAAGUUGAUAGAUCAGAUCCGUAUGCUGCCUCUGCUUCCCAACAUUUCAACAGUGUACUAGGAAGGUUUGGAUCACCGAUUAUUGUCUUUAAUCUUGUCAAGAAAAAAGAAAGAAAAAGACAUGAACAAAUUUUGGGAGAAGAGUUCAAAGGAAUUGUUGAAUAUUUAAACCAAUUUCUCCCACCUCAACACAAAAUCAAAUAUAUCUGGUUUGAUAUCGCCAGAAGUUCGAAAAAGCUUAAUAAGGAUUUCAGGGUUGUGAAAAGAUUACAGCGAUAUGCCAAAAAGUUUGUGGAAUCCGUGGGAUUUUUCCACAGUGGCCAGGAUCUUUAUGCGAAUGAGAUUCGGUCUGAUGAUAAGUGGUUAAAGGUUGGUGGAUAUCGAAAUAUAGAAACGUCUGGCCGACAACAGACAGGUGUUAUUCGGGUAAAUUGCGUUGAUUGCUUGGAUCGAACCAAUAUCGCCCAGUUCGUCAUCGGAAAGCAAGUUCUUGGAUUUCAGCUGUACGCGUUGGGUAUUAUUGAUAAACCCGUUGUAAAUUUUGAUUGUGACGCCGUCAGAUUGUUAGAGGAUCUGUACGAAGAUCAUGGCGAUACAUUAGCUUUUCAAUAUGGAGGUUCCCAGCUAGUUCAUAGAAUUGACACAUAUCUGAAAUCUGCGCCAUGGAAGUCAUAUUCUCGUGAUAUUUAUCAAACAGUACGGAGGUACUAUAGUGGAGCUUUUACUGAUACCGAAAAACAGCAAGCGAUAAAUCUUUUUCUUGGAAAGUUUAUUCCUAGCGAGAAUUGUCUUCCAUUGUGGGACCAUCCAACUGAUUAUUAUCUUCAUCACAUACCAAUUCAACAUGAUAGCUGGUCGAAUGAAAAUGGGAAAAGUUACACGAAAUGGUUUGAUGAUGAAGUUGUUGCUUCUUUACCGUUGCCUUGCCAACAAGUGUCAAAUCAGACAUCCAUUAACAUUUUUGAAGAAAGUGUUGCAUUAAACAAGAGUAAUUCUGAUUUAUUUUAUGACUACUAUCAACCCGAGGAAUUGUCUGGAUUUAAGUUCUUGUUUUCAUUCCAUUUACCAUCGUCGUACAGGCUGUUUUCCCCAGCAACUAAAAACGACCCAAGUCCUUUCGUAGUACGUGCAACCGGAGGUGGCUCUGGCAACCAGCAUGAAGCGAAACGUCCGUCUCUACAGCGGGCAACGAGUCCACAUAGUGAAGAGAUGAGUUCGGACUCUGAUUCAACGUCAAGUUCAGAUUCAGAUACUUCACCUAGUUGCAAGAAAGUUUCGUAUUCUAACAAGGAGUUUGAGACAAGGCCGCAUAUAUUAGGGCGGGCUGCUCUUCCCAAUAUGAAAGAUUACUACGGAGUUGCGAUUCUCGAACCAAGCAAAAUGUCAGAACAGAUUUAUCAGAGUUUUGUAGCUGUAAACCGUUAUGCAAAUAAGUCUGAAGGAGCGACAAACCACGUGCACAUUUCUUGGAUGGAGCGAGAUGAGAAGAAUAUCCGAAAACAGUUUGAUCGCUCAGGAGAACUGUCUAAUUUGAGUGUCUCGUCCGCUUUGAUGUAUAAAACAUAUAUAGAUAACAGUAGGACGGGUAGUUAUACUAUUAGUUCAAAAAGUAUGUCAAAGUUUGAAGCUUUUGUGCGAAGCUAAGAAUCAAUCUGCACAGCAUUUUAGUUUUCUGGAGGUUAAUAUCUACCUUCAUCUUCACUCUAAUCAGUGGUUUUAGAGGAGGUUAAUCGGUCAGUUAAGCAAUUUUAUUAUGCCAUUAUUAAAAUAAAGUUAAAUUAUUAAAAGAGUUAACCUGUUUAAUUGAGUAUAACUUCAAAACUAAGACGUCUGUUACACUGAAAUAACUUUCGUUAGAUUCGUAAAUGUCUAAAUUAAAAUUUGUUAUAUACCAUGUGUAUUUUGAUACAGUAUUCCCAGAGAUAUCGGCGUUUCACUUUUAAUACGUGCUUUUGAAAAGUACAAAAAUUAGUAAAAAUGGCAUAUUAGCUAAAUAAGAAAAGAUUAUAUUUAUGAUUAUUU